CCGACCAAUCCGCCUUAAUAAGUAGCCACAAUCAGAAGGGACAAAAGGGAAAAUAAAAAUAAAAGUCUAUGGAAAUUACCCAACUUUAUUCCCGCCAUAAUAUCUUCCCUUCAACUCAUUUUUCCCCUUAUAAUUUAAUCCUCCAAAAUCAAAACUAUGUUCACUGGACUCAAACCCCUGAAUCCCACAUUUAUUCAGCUGCAAUCCCAGGUGUACAGAAAGAGAACUUAAGAGUGGAGGUCGAGGACUCGAUAUACCUCAUCAUCAGAACCGAGGCGGCGGCGGCAGAGUCUGGCCGGAGCUUUAAUCGGAAAUUCCGGCUGCCGCGUCGGGUGGACGUCGGGGGGAUCUCCGCCGAGUACGUCGCCGGAGUCCUGACGGUCACGGUGCCGAGAUCUAUAGUGAGGAGGGGAUUGCUCAUUGACCCUGCUGACGUGUCGGAAAGCUUGCAGCUUCUUGCAAGAGCUGCUUGAUAUUUUUUGCAAAUUUAAGCACUUUGAAUGAAAAUCGCAAUUAAUUUCGCCUUUUUAGACAUUUGUGAGUGUGAUUAUGUAGUUAAAAAGGGCUUGAAAGUUGAAACUUGAAGAGGGCACCACAAUUAAGAUGAAGACCAAAACACUCGUUUGUUACAUCGGUGCUGAUAAAAAAAAAAUUAUAUAAGUCAAAGUUUUUAUUUUAAGCUUCAUUGAUCAAUAAAAAAUUAUAUUAUUAUCCAUAUUAAUAACAAAACUCG